GCUUUUGAUCCAAGCAAUUGGUGUCUGAAUUGCUCCUUUCUAGUUCCUAUUUUGUCCCUUCCUUUUUGUUAGCCUUGCUCUGUCAACUUCAGUCCUUCUCUCCCAGAUAUCUCUCUGAUAUCCUCUCUCUCAAAUCCUCCAUGUGCCCUCCUGUCAUCUUCUCUCUCCCUCCUCUUUAUAAUUCCUAUCCCACCUCACUUCACUCAAUUAACCCUAUCUCUCUCACCCUCUCAUUAUUAGCCCUCUCUCUCUCUCAGUCAUGGAACAGCAGCAGGUGGGAGGAAACGAAGAUCAAGGUGGUGGUGGUGGUGGUGGCAAAGCGACGACGACGAGCUUCCUCUGCAGACAGAGCAGCACGAGGUGGACUCCGACAACGGACCAGAUCAGAAUCUUGAAGGAUCUUUAUUACAACAACGGCGUGAGGUCUCCCACCGCCGAGCAGAUUCAGCGCAUCUCCGCCAAGCUGCGCCAGUACGGCAAGAUCGAGGGCAAAAACGUGUUUUACUGGUUCCAGAAUCACAAGGCCCGGGAGCGCCAGAAGAAGCGCUUCACCGCCGACAUCCCAUUGCACAGACCCACCUCCUCCUCCGCCGCCGCCGAUCACCACAUUUACGGCAAAUUCCCUAACAUAAACCCUGGGAAUUUUGCGUCUUCAUCUGCUUCCUCUGCGGGUGGUAAUUUGCUGAAUGUUGGAAGCUAUGGGUAUGGAUCUAUGGCCAUGGAAAAAAGCUUUAGGGAAUGCUCAAUAACACCAAAUGCAAAUGUGGGAGGGCAGAAUUUUGCAUGGAUUGGGGUUGAUCCCUACUCUUCACCCUACCCUUUUCUCGAAAGGAAAAGAAGCAUCAACGACCAAACCCUAGAAACAGCUGAGGAGGAUGAGGAGGAGGCGCCGGAGAUCGAGACCCUCCCGCUCUUCCCCAUGCACGGCGACAUCAAGCAGGACUUCAGCGGGUGGCACUACCGCGGCGACGAUGCCAUGGCCGCCGGUUCUAGGACUUCUUUGGAACUUAGCCUUAACUCUUAUGCAGCCGGAUUCCCUCACUAGGACUUCAAUAUUUGGGGCUACAUGAAAUAAUUGUAAAGUAAUUGAUUGCUAUUAAUCCAUAUAAUAUGAUGAUGAUGAUGAUGAUGACUAAAUUAGGGCAUUUUCAUGAAUCUAUACUAUAUAACUAUGGGAUGAGCCGGUGUAAUUAAUUAAUUAAUUAAUUAAUUAUGCUUAAUGUUGUGGGGGUGAUGCCAUUGCCCAAUCAGCUUGUUGAUUACGACUAUGCAUAUGUCAGCUUAUUAAUGAUGAGUUUGGUUGAAGAA